AAAAAGCAAGACUUGGCGAAUGCGACAAGAUUAAGUCCUUUGACACGUAUUAACAGUUGAAAGUCUGAUACACUUUAGAGUCUCACAAGGGAUAGACCAAUACGAGCAAGUAUUUGAGGAAGCGCUACGUCAUGAUCAUAGGAGGAACUCCCCUCAAGAUGAGCGAGAAUAUUAACCGGCUGACUGCUUGAUAAGCCAUCACUCUACGUGAUGUACGAGUGAUGGCCGACGAUUCGAUCCACAGUGCUCGCCAGCGAAUGCACGGAUGCGGGGAUCCACUCUCAUCACGAUGGGUAGAUCUGAAAAGAUAGCACGACUAGCCCGAUGGCGUGGUCGGUGUUGCGCGGUGGUCCCCAUCGGCCUUGAAGCGGUGCUGGACUUCGAUUUGAAGCAGUUUAUUUGGUUCCGCUCCUGCGCGCAAACAAUAAAGGCGGGAGAGCCGUUCUCCCCCUGUUCUAAAGACGUAUCCCACGUCCAGAUCAAGGUCAAACCUUUGUGACAGCGCGACCGCAGACCUCCAGCGACUCAGCAGGUCUUGUUACUGGAUAUGAUCUCCUCGUCCGGCCCAGUGUAUCUAGGAUUUCUGUCGCAUACUACAGUUCUUCAAAAUGUAGCGAGUGUGGAGAUCGAUUAGAUGAAUUCCCGGAAUGUUCCGUGGUCCAUAUGCGAAUACAGCUGCAUAUUGGAGUGGAGAUUAUCGUGGCCCGAGUCUGUGCAUCAGUAAACUGGCAAGACUGCCGGUGUCCCAAGCAGACCGGUUAGGACAUGUCGGAUUCGCGCUGUAAGGUGAGCCCUCGAAUGAUGCUAGUGGACGAUAUCGAGGCCAAGAAAACAGUGAAAACGCUGGAUGCUUGCUUACUCGCAUUUUUUUGGGCAACCUCUGUUUUGUAAAGUUACGUCACGGAAGCAGCAGGGAAGGUGUAGCGCGCGAUGAUAAUGACUAGGAAUUCUGGUGUGCGCCUCCCUGCUUCACAGCGCUGCAUAUACUGAUAAGAAUUAAAAGGAAGCAGUUCAAUCGCGAAGUUGAAUGAUGCGCAACCUUGUCUAAGGUUCUUUAUCUUUUUCUAUUCUCGACACAGAAUCAUGUUGUGACGUGGCGACUUUCUGAACAUCGACGCUCAUCGAUGAAAGGAACUAGGUGCAGAACAAAAUGCUAUAACCUGCUGAUGUUGAUGUCCCUGAACAAUAAUAUAUUUAUUCUUUCAAAGUUCUCGAUUAAAAAUGCAACCGCGGCAUGGGUAACUUUGAUUUACCUACGGAAAGGAAUGCGCCAUCCUGUCUCG